GACACAAAAUAUUGGACAGAGGAUCUGCACUCUGCUUUUCCCACUGUAUAGAGAAAAAGUCAGAGUCGCCCGGAAUGCGGGAUUGGGCAUGCGGCGAUCGGCAUAUGCUGGUAGUUGUCUUGUAGCGGAAAGAUAACGGAGUCGAUCGUCUUUUCUGUUUCCCUCUCCCGCCGUAACCAAACUGCAUAUUCCUCGCUCACAAAGCGUAGUCAAUCGGCUUCAGCUGCCGGGACGGCGGCGGAGCAAGUUAGUCUAGCCAUGGACGUGAUGAUUCAUUCUUCCAACUUUCUCCUCCCAAAUCCCGCCGCCGCUGCCGCCGCCGACAAUAUCAACGGCUUAACUUCACGACCAAGAAAGUACGCUCUCAUCAUCCUUAACCAGCGUCUCCCUCGAAUGACUCCCCUCUUGUGGAGCCACGCUCAACUUCGUGUAUGUGCGGACGGUGGCGCCAAUCGACUGUUCGAUGAAUUGCCUAAGUUCUUUCCGCAAGAUGACGCCGUUGCUGUCCGUAAGAAGUACAAGCCAGAUGUAAUAAAGGGAGACAUGGAUUCUGUCAGGACUGAGGUUGUAGAUUUUUAUUCAAACCUGGGUACUGCCAUAAUAGAUGCCUCUUAUGAUCAGGACACCACGGAUUUGCAUAAAUGUGUGAUCUACAUCCAUGGCUUAUCAGAUCCACAAAAGUCAAAUCUUUAUAUUCUUGUUGUUGGGGCACUUGGUGGGAGGUUUGACCAUGAGAUUGGAAACAUCAACGUACUAUAUCACUUCUCAAGCAUGCGUAUAAUUCUUCUGAAUGAUGAUUGCCUCAUCCAACUUCUUCCUGGGACUCAUCAUCAUGAGAUCCACAUUAAUCCCUCUAUUGAGGGCCCACAUUGUGGACUUGCUCCCUUUGGUAUGCCAUCUCAAAGUACGACGACAACUGGCCUGCAGUGGGAUCUGCGCAACACGGAGAUGAAAUUUGGUGGCUUAAUCAGCACGUCAAAUACUGCUAAAGGAGAGAUUGUAACUGUGUGUUCUGACAGCGACCUGAUUUGGACCAUAUCCAUAAAAAAGGCUUGAAAAUUCUAGACUGCUAGAUGAUGUCUGAUCUCCAUGUAUCAGGAAUUUUUCUGAGCAACUAGGUUUUCCUGCACAACCCUUUUCUCAAGCAAAAAGUUGUUUAUUUUUAUAUGCAUCUUUCUGCUGAUGGAAGAACAAAGUAGCAAAUGCAGGAUAAGAAUUGCCAGAAGGUCCAUUUUGAACCUAUAAAAGAGGCCACGAGUAUUUCUGAAGCAGUGGGAGACUAAUAUAGAGGUUUUUCAUAGACAUAUCCCUCUCAAGUCAGCCUACAUUCAGCUCCAAACUGUUUGUUCUUUCUAUGACCCUGAUAGAACUCAAAGAUGCUUGUCAUUUAGAGCUGAAGAAUCUCUUAGUACUGAAGCUUUUUUACAGGGAACAUGGUUAAAAUCCAGUUUGUCACUUUGCAAGACUUGCAUUGCCAAGUCUACUGAUUAAGCACUCUGCGAUAAAUCAAUUGCAGCAGCAGAUCCCAGACGCAAAUUAGAAGCAAGUUGAACUGGAAAAGCGUCUCACGCUAAGAGCCUUGUUGGCCAAAUGAUAGAUGCUUCAUGAUCUGUCUACACCUCAAUUAAGUUUGACCAAAAAUGCUGGGUGGGAUCUUGAGAGAGCCUAAUGUUGUUCAUGCACAAAGAGUGCAGAAAAUUUGCAUUUUGAAGCCCAUAUUUGCAAAGACCAAAUUGCUAGUCAGUUCUAGAAAACUUUUCUCUGAUACCUGACGGUACCAAAGUGGACAACAAGAGUCCUUUUUCCACAAACAUCUCUUCUUACAGGAAAUGAAUCCGCUAGGCUCUGUUAGCAGAAAUCCAGGUUCCAUGUUGGGAAUAGUUAAUCAAAGCAAGUAUUGGCGCUUGUUCAUCAAAUAUGAAGGCUUCAUUUUUUGGAAACUAGAUCUGCAAGUGUAUGCAUGCAGGUACACCUUUCUAACAGGUAUCUUGAAACUAGCCAAGUCUACUCGGCCUAUGCAUGGCGUGGUGAAUUCUUUUGAUCUCACUGUCAAGGUUUUCCGGGUCAAGAAAGGGGAGCAAGUUACUUGCACAAGGAAACCUUACUGAGAAUUUUCACUUGCGUGAGAAUCAUGCUUGUGACUUUUUGUUGGACUCACUCUGAUGUGACAGAGUGCCAUGUUACAUCUGACAUUGUGGAGCAUUUACCUCUCUAAAUUGGAAUAAAGACAAUGUGUGGUGGUGUACGUA